CGCUACCUGAUCUCUCUCUUGGAGCCUCUUUACAAGAAAGUUGGCUUUGCUGAUAAUCUUAACGAUCCUCACCUGGAUCAACUCAUUCGUGUUCAAGCCAUCUCGUGGAUGUGUUCUCUUGAUUAUAAAGACUGCGUCACCCAAGUUGUCAGCCUCUUCAAGCGUUGGAUGGAACAACCAGCUGACAAGAGCAUCAUUUCGCCGAACCUGAAGUCUGCAGUGUAUUGCACGGCCAUUGCUGAAGGCGGUGAGGAUGAAUGGCGUUUCCUCUGGUCACAAUACCUCGAGUCGAACGUUGCUUCUGAGAAAUCUACGAUGAUGCGUGGCCUCGGGUGCUCAAAGGAAAUUUGGAUUUUAUCAAAGUACAUGAAAGACUCGUUCGUCGCUGGAGGCGAUAUACGCAAGCAAGACAUCGCCAGAGUUUUCUCGUCCGUCGCUUCUAACGAAUACGGACAGGAUGUCGCCUGGAAUUAUUUACGGAAUAAUUGGAAGGCCAUAACUGAGUAUUUCGGCUCAGGAAUCUUCACGCUCGGUCAACUUGUCGAGUACGCGACCAACAAGUUCAACUCGGAGCUCAUGAUGCAGGAGAUCGUUCGAUUCCGAGAUGCGAACUCGGACAACCUGAAGAGCGGCAAGCGCACCGUCGACCAGAGUAUCGAGAGAACAAAGAACAACAUCGCUUGGAUGGACGCUCACUAUGAAGACAUCAGCAAGUGGCUCAUGAACAAGGGAUUCAAAACACUCUGAAUUAGUGUUUUGAAUAAGUCAUUUCUUUCAGCGUGUUCUUCUUCUCGACAAAAUAUUUUAUAAGUGUGAACCUUAAUUUUUCUGCUAUCAUUGAAAACUGGGCUGCUUAACGUACCCAUUUUUUAAAAUAAUUAAAAAGUCGUUUGUUGUGAGUUCUGUCGAAAAAAUUUGCCUAGAACAAUACGCCGCUGUUGAAAGGAUCCUCGUAUUCCAAAAACUAAAAGCCACAACUUUUCCUUGAUGAAGGUAAUGUAUUGCAUGCACAUAUAAUCAAAAACAACACCGUUGCUUUUUCUAGGAAAUUGGCUCUUUUAUGAAUCCCUUCUACUUCUAAUGCCGACCGAUCUCUAUGAACCCAACAGCAAAACUUUCAUCGGUUUCGAGUUUAAUGUGCCGUCUGAUAAAUAUGAUAGAAUGAACGUGACUGUUUCCUUGAUGCUUUAGUUUAACUAAUGAUGUAGGAAAUUCAUAGUUAUAUUAUCAAGCAAUGAUAAUAUAUUAAACUAGAUGCAGUUUUACAAUAAUGAAGAUAAAAUUUCGUAGAUGUUGAGAGUUACGCAAAGCUUCAAAGUUGAAGAAAAAUUCAAAGCAACAAUUUGAAGAAAUUGUCUCCAAUUUAUUUUAUGUUAAGACAAGACAAGGGGGAAUAUUAUGCUGAACCUCUUCUCGUUGUGAAUAUGAAUUCAAAUCCAGUCUAAUCAUUUGAGUAAUAUUCUUAGUUUAAUUCCUAUCAUUUGAUUCCAGUCCAAUCAUUGAUUAAUAUUCCUAUUUUGCGAGAUUAAUCAAAUUUCGGUGCCAAAUUUGUCUUUGUAUUGUACAUGAUCUGACAAUCGACUGCUAUCAAAACAUGCACUCAAAAGAAGGGUUCUUUGUAAAUGAUAUUCUGAACUGUACGAAGCAAUGCAUGCCAUUCAUUUCCUUUAAGAAGAUAUAGUCUUUAACUAUAUGGUUGAUGUGUAUUCAUCAAUGAUGUACUUUAAUAGUAUGACCUAGGAUGUUGAUCAAAAUUUUCAAUAAAAGUUUAAAUUUAUAAAUGAGGAUGUUAGUCUAAGUAAGACCAUCAGAUGAAAAUCCCUUCAUCCAUCUCUGGAAUCGGCUUGUCUUCGCAAAUCGAAGUUGAAAUUUUUGAUAUUGUUAACUGAUGAUGAAAUGACCUAACAUUAUCUAGAGCUGUCAUUUUUUCUCUGCUGCUUGAAAGUAAGUUGUGUAUUCACUGUACUGUCUGUACAUGUAGACAGUUGAUAUGAUUCUUGUAGAGGUAGUCUGAAGUAUGUAUUUUUGCCACGAAAUGUAACUUCGUUAGAAAAUCGAUGUGUUUAAACCGUAUUACGUAAGUCGAUACAUUAUGACGCUUAUUUCAUAAUAACAUUUGUAUGUCUCGAAGUUCUAGCUUGUGAGAUUCAGUAAAAUUGAGUUCAUUUACGUAGAACUCGUGAUGUAAAUACAUAGGAUUCCCUAAGACCACAACAUGGAUAACCUCAUAAACAUCGUCAAACAUCUUGAUAAUACAAAUUUAAUCUAAAAAAUGUCUUGAACCUUC